CGCCGUACUCCCUCAUAUAAACACCCCUCUACAUUCUACUGCACACAACCCUGCCCACCAGCCACUUGUAUAAGAUCUGAAUUUCUUGCAUCUUUUCUUGAAACAUCUUUUGCACAGAAAACUUAAAUUCACGCGGAUCCAGCCACACUGUAACUGAGGGCUGUUGCAUCAUGAAAGGCUGCGUGGCUUUGUUCUUCUGCCUGGCAGCUCUUACUGCCUGGGCAGCCACAGAUGCCAAGGAGUUAUCCAUCACCACCAUAAAGGAGGAUCCGUACAUCAUGAGCAAAGGCUCCGAGUUGGAGGGCUACUGCAUCGACCUGCUGUCCGAGCUCUCCAAGAUACUGGGGUUCAAGUACAAGGUGCACCUGGUUAAAGACAACCGCUACGGCCUGAUGGACUCCAGCGGCAACUGGAAUGGGAUGAUUGGAGAGGUCAUCAGAAAGGAGGCCGACCUGGCUGUGGCCCCACUGACCAUCACGGCCGUGAGAGAGCAGUUCGUGGAUAUGACCACACCCUUCAUGCAGACUGGAAUUGGCUUCAUCCUCAGAAAAGACCUGGCCUCUGAGGAGAGCACCUUUAGUCUGCUGUCACCCUUCUCCACAGACAUGUGGGUCGGCAUCCUCAUCGCUUUCCUGCUCACAGGCCUCUGCAUAUUCCUGGUUGGCAGGAUCAGCCCCACUGAGUGGGCUGAACCGGACACAGAGGGCCACACCUUCACGCUGCUGCACAGCUUCUGGUGGGUCCUGGCAGCUCUGACCCUGCAAGGUGCUGGGCCUCACCCCAAGGCCUUGUCCGGCCGCGUGGUCAGUGCCGUGUGGUGGCUCUUUGCCGUCAUGCUGCUCGCCUGCUAUUUUGGCAACUUCAGCGCCAUGUUCACCUCCAACAACAAACACAUCUCCAUCAGGACCUUUGAAGACCUGGCUAACCAGGAUGCGAUUGACUUUGGCACCGUUGAGUCCGGGUCCACCAUGCUCUUCUUUAAGAACUCCAACGACCCCGUGCACCGACGCAUCUACCAGCGCAUGGAGCGUAAGAAGAGCUUUGUGUCCAACAUGGCGGAGGGCAUUCGCCGCACCCAGGAGGGAAACUUCGCCUUCAUCGGUGAAGCCGUGUCCUUAGACUUGACCGUGGCUCGCUACUGUGAAAUCAUCCGCUCGCAGGAAAUCCUCGGUAUGAGGUCGUACUCCAUUGCGGCGCCCUUGGGCUCCUCCCUGGUCAAAAACCUGACGAUAGCCAUCCUCCAGCUCAGUGAGUCUGGCGAGCUAACCUACCUGCGGAACAAGUGGUGGUCCAGCAGCUGCAUGGGCGACCGCUCCAACAAUGUCUCUCAGGCCCUGCAGCCCCAUGAGCUGCGAGGCCUCUUCCUCAUCCUGGGCCUGGGCCUGCUAGCCGGGCUCCUGCUGGCCCUGAUGGAGCUCCUGUCAAGGGCUCGCACCCAAGCUAAGGACGGCAAGAAGUCGUGCUGCUCUGUGCUGACGUCAGAGCUGAACCGGAGGUUUGGCAGAAGAGGAGGCGACUCGGAGCAAGACGGCUCAGACAAAAGCAAAGCCUAAAGCAACAAAAGACGACACUUGGUGUGGAGCAGAGAUGAAAACAAGCCGGGAAGCCUCUGUCCUGCCCGUCGAACACGCUAGCUAUGUGUUUGUGUAGCAACAGCCAGGCGGCGCCCGUUCAGUGAGUUUUGUACUGUUUCAGAAAAGGUCAGUGGUCAAGUAGAACAGAACGACAUCAUAGCAUCUCCAGUGAAUUAGACACCAGACAAAGGAACGUAUCGCUUCAGUAAACACUAAUGACUCAGAUUUGUUUACAUCUUUUAUGCUGAAUGUUGUGACACCCACAUCUAAUAUGCAUGUGCAUCUUCUUUUCAGUUUCAUAACUGGUUGUAUUUGUUUGUAUUCUCCAAAUAAAUGCCCACUGUCCUUG